UAUCCAGCCUGAUGACGCACCAGCGAGUUCAUGCUGGGGAAAGGCCAUUCUCCUGCUCGGAGUGUGGGAAGGGCUUUGCUCAGUCAUCCCACUUGCAGGCACACCAGCAAUUUCACACUGGGGAGAGGCCGUUCUCCUGCUCAACGUGUGGGAAGCGAUUCACUGAUUUAUCCAACCUGAAGAAACACCAGCGAGUUCAUACUGGGGAGAGGCCGUACACCUGCUCAACGUGUGGGAAAGGAUUCACUCAAUUAUCCAACCUGAUAACACACCAGCGAGUUCACACUGGGGAGAAGCCGUACACCUGCUCUGAGUGCAGGAAGGGAUUCACUCAGUUUUCCCACCUGAUAACGCACCAGAGAGUUCACACUGGGGAGAAGCCGUACACCUGCUCCGAGUGUGGGAAAGGAUUCAGUCAGUCAUCCAGCCUGAGGAGACACCAGCAUGUUCACACCAGGGAGAGGCCAUUCACCUGCUCUGAGUGCGGGAAGGGAUUCCCUUUGAAAGACUCAUCCCACCUGCUGACACACUGGCGUGUUCACACUGGGGAGAGGCCAUUCUCCUGCUUAACGUGUGGUCAGGGAUUCGCUCAGUUAUCCAGCCUGAUGACGCACCAGCAAGUUCAUGCUGGGGAGAGGCCAUUCUCCUGCUCGGAGUGUGGGAAGGGCUUUGCUCGUUCAUCCCACUUGCAGGCACACCAGCGAGUUCACACUGGGGAGAGGCCGUUCUCCUGCUCAACGUGUGGGAAAGGAUUCACUCAGUUAUCCAACCUGAAUGGGCACCAGCGAGUUCACACUGGGGAGAGGCCGUUUUCCUGCUCAAUGUGUGGGGAAGGAUUCACUACGUCAUCCACCUUGCAGGCACACCAGCGAGUUCACACUGGGGAGAGGCCGUACACCUGCUCCGAGUGUGGGAAAGGAUUCACUCGGUUAUCCUAUUUGCUGGCGCACCAGAGCGUUCACACCGGCGAGAGGCCGUUCAUCUGCUCGACGUGCGGGAAGGGAUUCCGUCAGGCAGGCUACUUGAUGACACACCAGCGAGUUCACACUGGGGAGAGGCCCUUUGCCUGCCCUACAUGUGGGCAGGGAUACACUACGUCAUCCAGUCUGGUGAAGCACCAGCGUAUUCACACCGGCGAGAGGCCAUUUAUCUGCUCUGAGUGCGGGAAGGGAUUCACUCGGUCGUCCCAUUUGCUGUCACACCAGAGAGUUCACACCGGGGAGAAGACGUUCAUCUGCUCGACGUGCAGGAAGGGAUUCUGUCUGUCAUCUGACUUGAGAACACACCAGCGAGUUCACACUGGGGAGAGACCGUUCUCCUGCUCAACGUGUGGGAAAGGAUUCACUCGGUUAUUUCACCUGAUGAUACACCAGCGAGUUCACACUGGGGAGAGGCCGUUCACCUGCUCAACGUGUGGGAAAGGCUUCGCUGUGUUAUCCAGCCUGAAGAAACACCAGCGAGUUCACACUGGGGAGAAGCCGUACACCUGCUCAACGUGUGGGAAAGGAUUCACCCAGUCAUCCAACUUGAUGAUGCACCAGCGGCUUCACACCGGGGAGAAGCCGUACGCCUGCUCCGAGUGUGGGAAGGGAUUCACUCAGUCGUCCCCUUUGCUGGCACACCAGCGAGUUCACACCGGGGAGAGGCCAUUCACCUGCUCAACGUGUGGGAAAGGAUUCACUGAGUUAUCCAGCCUGAUGACACACCAGCGAGUUCACACUGGGGAGAAGCCGUACACUUGCUCUGAGUGUGGGAAGCGAUUCACCCGGUCAUCCCAUUUGCUGACACACCAGCGAGUUCACACCGGGGAGAGGCCGUUCACCUGCUCUGAGUGUGGGAAAGGAUUCCCUACCUCAUCUCACCUGAUGAUGCACCAGCGAGUUCAUGCAGGGGAAAGUCCAUUCUCCUGCUCGGAGUGUGGGAAGGGCUUUGCUCAGUCAACCAAUUUGCUGACGCACCAGAGAGUUCACACUGGGGAGAGGCCGUUCAUCUGCUUGACGUGCGGGAAAGGAUUCACUCGGUUAUCCAUCCUGAUGACACAUCAGCGAGUUCACACUGGGGAGAGGCCAUUCUCCUGCUCAACGUGUGGGAAAGGAUUCACUCAGUCAUCCAAUCUGAUAACGCAUCAGCGGGUUCACACCGGGGAGAGGCCAUUUUCUUGCUCAACCUGUGGGAAAGGAUUCACUCAGUUAUCCAGACUGAUGAUACACCAGCGAGUUCACACUGGGGAGAGGCCGUACACCUGCUCCGAGUGUGGGAAGGGAUUCAUUCGGUCGUCCCAGUUACUGAGGCAUCAGAGAGUUCAUACUGGGGAGAGGCCGUUCAUCUGCUCGACGUGCGGGAAGGGAUUCACUCAUUCGUCUGACCUGUUGAAACACCAGCGGGUUCACACUGGGGAGAAGCCGUAUACCUGCUCUGUCUGUGGGAAGGGAUUCACUCGGUCGUCCCAUUUGCUGACACACCAGAGAGUUCACACUGGGGAGAGGCCGUUCAUCUGCUCGACGUGCGGAAAGGGAUUCACUCAGUCAUCUCAGCUGCUGAUACACCAGCGGCUUCACACCGGGGAGAGGCCGUACACCUGCUCCGAGUGUGGGAAGGGAUUCACUGAUUCGUCCAAUUUGUGGAGACACCAACGAGUUCACACUGGGGAGAAGCCGUACACCUGCUCUGAGUGUGGGAAGGGAUUCACUCAAUCAUUCCAUUUGCUGAAACACCAGCGGGUUCACACUGUGGAGAAAGAUUAAACAUGCUGUAUACUCAAUAUACAACCAUCACUGCUACUGAAAUCUAGUGCAAAUUCACAAGUGUUGCAGGUGUUCAUGGGGGUCGGAUUCUGUCGACACUGCUGA